AUGUUUGAUAUUAAAUUGAAUACGAAUAUAAGAAAUUUUCUGGUGUCAAUCACAAGCUCAAGUAAUAAUAUAGAGAUCACUGAAAUCAUUGAACAAGAUUACAUUUCUAUCGAUGCAUUGAAGGAUAUAUACAAGUCUAAUAAAUCAACACAACCAAAAAUAUCUCUAAAAGAAUUACUAACCCCACUAGAGUUUCAAAUCAAGGAAAAACAUGUACGAGGAAGUCAUUAUACCGAUGAGUUUAAGAAACAAUUGAAUUACUUGAAGUUAAAAAAUGAAGAAGAUGAUUACCAAAAUAUGAUAAAGAAGAGCAAUCUGCAAUCAAAAGCAUAUGACGACGAUUAUAUUUCGCCAGCUCAAAUGAAUAAACAGAUAAAGGAACAAGUUACAACAGUUUUUAACAUCAUUAUUAGUGUGCUGUCCGUUAUUGCUGCUAUUUGGUAUUGGACAAAAUCAUCUAUGGUAGUAUCACCGGAAUAUAGAAUAUUAUUAUGCCUGUUUUUUGGGAUCUUAGUACUUGUUGCAGAAGUUGUUGUUUAUAACAGUUAUUUGAAUAAGAUCGAAACUGCAAAAACUACAGAGAGAGCAAAGAAAGAGAAAAUAUCUGUAAUUGAGAGAAUUGUAAUAUAA